CCGCUCGCUGUGCCCCGGGAGCCCGCGGCCCGAUCUCCCGCCCAGCCUCCCAGCACACAGCUCAGUGUGACAGCCAGCGCGCCUGUGAGGACUAGCACGCAGAGAAUGUAAAAGGCCUCAAAGUCUGAAGAAAAAUGACCUUUCGAGGACUACAAAGUAUACCUCCUGCUACAUGUUUUUGUCUUGCUGACCUCUGAUAACUGGGACACAUGGCCCUGGGCCUACAGAAAGUCAAUUGACUAUCAAACUCCUCAUCAUGCAUCACCUGUUCAGACUGGUCUUGGGACAAAAAGACCUUUCCCGAGCUGGGGACCUCUUCUCCUUAGAUGACUCUGAGAUUGAAGACAGCCUGACAGAAGCUUUGGAGCAAAUUAAAAUAAUUAGCUCAUCUUCAGAUUACCAAACUAAUAACAAUGACCAGGCCGUGGUUGAAAUCUGCAUCACAAGAAUCACAACAGCCAUCAGAGAGACAGAGUCCAUUGAAAAGCACGCUAAGGCCCUCGUGGCUCUCUGGGACUCCUGCUUGGAACACAGCCUGAGAACCUCCGGGAGAGACGAAGACACUCCCCAUGCAAAAAUCGCCUCCGAUAUCAUGAGUUGCAUUUUACAGAAUUACAGCCGGCCCCCAGUGAUGGCAUUAGCCAUCCCCAUCGCAGUGAAAUUCCUCCACAGAGGCAACAAGGAACUGUGCAGGAAUAUGUCCAACUACCUGUCCCUGGCGGCGAUCACUGAGGCGGAUCUCCUGGCUGAUCACACAGAAGUGAUAGUCAAGAGCAUACUCCAAGGUAAUGCCAUGUUGCUGAGAGUGUUACCUGCUGUGUAUGAAAAACAGCCUCAUCCAAUUAACAGACACCUGACAGAACUCCUGGCCUUGAUGUCUCAGCUGGAACAAGCAGAACAGUACCAUCUCCUACGGCUUUUGCACGUAGCUGCAAAGAGAAAGCAACCAGAGGUGGUUCAGAAGUGUAUUCCUUUCUUAAUCAGGCAUUUGAAGGACUCGGCCCAUAAUGAUUUCAUCCUAAACAUCCUCUUAGAGAUCGCAGGCUACCAACCAGUGGCUUUGAACAGUUUUCUUCCAAUGCUGAAAGAGAUUGGUGAAAGAUUCCCCUACCUCAUUGGACAGAUGGCGAGAAUUUAUGGAGCUGUGGGGCAUGUGGAUGAAGAGAGAGCCAGGAGCUGCCUGCCAUUCCUGGUGAGUCAGCUGGCCAACAUGGAGCACUCAUUUCACCAUAUUCUCCUGCUGGAGAUUAAGAGCAUCACAGACACAUUCUCCUCCAUCCUGGGUCCUCAGAGCAGAGACAUCUUCCGCAUGAGCAACAGCUUCACUGCCAUUGCCAAGCUCCUUACCCGACAACUGGAAAUGACCAAGCCCAGAACUGGCAGGAGAAAAACCAGCACUGAAAUUGAAUUCCCUGAGAAGCUAGAAGGAACCAAGCUCGCCAUAGCUGAAAAUGAAGACCAGGAAAAGCUCCAAGUUAAAAUACAGGCUUUUGAAGACAAAAUAAAUGCUGAGAACAAUACUCCUGGAUCUAUCAGAAGAUAUAGUUUGGGCCACAUUUCCAAUGAAGAAAAAAAAGGAAUUAGAUUUAGCAGGUCGAAGAGUUUGGCUUUGCACACUGUGCUCACAAAGGAUAUGAGUUCAGAUGACGGGGAAGUUGUUGGGAGUGGCGAUAUACCAGCCAGCAUCUCUCUUUCAGAAAUAGAUUCACUUAGCCAAGGAAAUAAGUUGCCUUUUAAGGCAGACACUGAUGGAUCACAGCUGGGGAAUUCUUCAGUUUCACACCCAAGUAUUAUACAUAUAGAAUCAGAGAAUCUGCCAGAAACAGUUAAAAAAAACUACCAGGAAGAAACUCUAGAGAUGACUGUAAGUCCUAUAGAAUACCAGGAUAAGCUCUACUUGCACUUAAAGAAGAACCUCAGUAAAGUGAAAGCAUACGCUGUGGAAAUCGGAAAGAAGAUCCCAGUCCCUGAUCAGUGUACCAUUGAAGAUUCUGUUAGAAGUUGUGUAGCCAAGUUGUUCUUCACCUGCUCUCUGAAGGGUCAUUACUGCCUGUACAGUAAAUCCAGUUUUAUUCUCAUCAGCCAAGAACCUCAGCCAUGGAUCCAGAUCAUGUUUCUAUUUCAGCAGAGCCUAUUUCCGGAGCCCCUGUCCAUACAGAGUCGUUCUGUGCAAUUUCUCAGAUCUCUGUGGGAGAAAACCCAGGCAGACGGUGCUCACAGCUUUGAAACAGCCAUGAUGGAGUCCACAUUUCCGCAGCAGAAGGAUCUGGACCAAGUACAGCUCCAUCUGGAAGAAGUGAGGUUCUUUGACGUGUUUGGCUUCAGUGAAGCAGCAGGAGCAUGGCAAUGCUUCAUGUGCAACAACCCUGAAAAAGCAACCGUUGUAAAUCAAGAUGGCCAGCCUCUCAUAGAAGGAAAACUUAAAGAGAAGCAAGUCAGAUGGAAGUUCAUCAAAAGGUGGAAAACCCGUUAUUUCACACUGGCUGGAAAUCAACUUCUGUUUCAAAAAGGAAAGUCUAAAGAUGAUCCUGAUGACUCACCAAUAGAACUCAGCAAAGUACAGAGCGUGAAAGUUGUGACCAGAAAACGCAGGGACCGCUCUCUCCCUCGGGCUUUUGAAAUCUUCACAGACAAUAAAACCUAUGUUUUCAAGGCCAAGGAUGAGAAAAAUGCAGAAGAGUGGCUCCAAUGCAUCAAUGUGGCAGUUGCCCAAGCAAAAGAGAGGGAAAGCAGAGAAGUAACCACGUAUCUGUAGGGAUUUGCAAGCUGACCUCAUACCAAUUGUAUAUAAUGGCACUGCAGUAUCAUUGCUAACGUCAAGAAAAAGAUAUAAAUCCACCAACUCGUGUUGUAUUUUACUAAAUACCAGUGAAAGAGUUUUUCCUCAGAAGCAAGACUCAAACAUCGCAGGAUUCUUAGUACAUUUCAUGUCCUAAUGGCAUUUGCAUUGACUCCAGAACAUCUGUGUGAUGCAUACAGUAAGGAAAAGGAGCUACAGAUGGGAU